AGAUGAAAUCGAAACUAGUUCCAGCCCCUGUGCACGGAUGACAUGGUUUGUUUUUAAUACUUACCUCCACGUAAUUCAAACAAAGUAAUAACAACAACACAGCUUUAGAGUUUUUAAAAUCACUGUCAUUGUUGAAAGAAAAGAUCUUUACUUUCAGCUGACAGUUGUGAUGUUACUGUUAGUAUUUUUGAUAAGCUAAUAGGGGCACAUAACGUAAACGUUACAAGUAUUGUAAAGAUUGUAAAUCAGCUGUUUUGAUAUUAAUAGGAAUACAAUAGCUGAAUCCCCAGAAUCCAGAAGUAAAGUCUCAUGACCGAUCUAGCGUGUGUUAUUAGGGGACUCUUAGAGUAGCCUAUGUAGUAAUUCAUUUUGUAACUUUGACAUUUGACAUUUACCUCAGGCCAGGAAAUCCAUGACCUAAGAAUCACAUACCGUUAGCAACCAUAAUGUCACUGUGAUAGUGUGUUCAAUGUUCUAAAGAUUUUCCAUACUUUCAGGAACAUUAACUAAAAUGCCAGAUAACGGUACAGUAUCAUAAUACAACAUGGGAAUACAUGUGCAGUAAGGUUUGUAGGAAGUUGUAGGGAGGUCUUUUCUACAUCACACUCAGAGUCAUGCAGUCUGCUGAUUAUAUAAAUUAAGGAUUAGAGAAUUUGUUUCUUGGAGGAUGUAUAACAGAUAUAAUAAUGCUUCCAACAAAGCAUCUUUGGAUAAAGAUUCAAGUGAUUCAGAUGAGGAGCAGGGACAAUCAUGGUGGAUAAAAGAGAGAGCUGAGAAUUCACCAGAGGGAAGACAAAGAACCGCAAACAGCAGAAAUAGAAAGAAAAGUGUAAAGGAAGGAGAGGGAGAUGAAAUGUCCAAUGAAGUUAGAGGAUUCCAAAGAAAACCAAGCUUUCAGGUGAUGGGGGAUUUUGGAGGCUUGGAUAUGGAAGAGAGUAGUGGCAUUUCAAACCAAAGAGAAUUUUUCAAUGUGGAUGAUGAGGAGGCUGCAGAAGAAAUCAGACUGCUGAUGAAAAAUCAGACACUUUCCUCAUCACAGGGACAGGAAAUGUUGCAGAAUCUUAAAAGCAGGACAAGCGUUCAUGCUUCCAGUAACCAUGGUGAUUACGCAAACUCUAGUAUAGGGGCUGUAAGAAAUUCUAAAAGAAGGAGGAGUUUUCAUCAAGAUAGUGAAAAUGAUGAAGAGGCCGAGGAGAUUCGGGAAUUAGUGAAAAAUAAAACAUUGUCAGAUUCAGUUGGAGAAAUGAGACUCCAGGAAAUUCAGUCACGGAAAGUUGGAAAUCGUAUGGCAACAAUUCCAAUUUCUAUUGACAAACCCUGUGACAUUGAUAGGGAUGGUCUUCCAGUUAACUGGAAUAGGGAUGAGCCCAUGUCCCACUCCAUGUUUCGGUUGAUCCUGCUGAGCAGAGGUGAUCCAGAGUGUGAUCGGAUUUAUUGGGACAUGGAGAAAGUCGGACUACAUGUGGUGAAAGUGGAGCGGCUACAGAAUCUGGACUCUCUGGAGAAGUUCAAGUCUGAAACCAGGCAUAUGUCCAAGAGAAAGGAUCCUGGUGAGGACCUAAACAUCCGUUACCUGUAUCACGGUACCUCGGUGAACAAGACUUGUAUUUGUGAGGAGGGACUUGACCAGAGACUCAGCAGGAUGGGCUUCUUUGGUAAAGGCAUUUACUUCAGUGAUACUCCUGUGAAGUGUAUGAAUUAUGUUGGGAGUUCUGACACCAAAGGAGAGUCAUACCUUCUGAAGUGUAGGGUAAUCCUCGGUGAUCAAAAGAAAUACAGGAAAGGAGAAUACAUAACAACACUGAAGAGAGAACCAGAAAAGGAAAAUCCCAAGCCUGGUUCCUGGAAGUUUUACGACUCUGUCUUGGGUUGUCCAAAAGAUUACAACGAAUAUGUCAUUUAUGAGAGCAGACGAGCAAUGAUUGAUUACAUCAUCACUUUUAGGGUCAACCAGCAAGGUCAAGACAGAUUAAGAGAGAGAGUCCCCAGUCCGUUAUUUGACAGCCAAGGAAGAGAAACAGGAUUUGUUGGAGUGAAAUCCUCUGGAAAUGAGGACGACCAUUUUGACAGACUCAGUCAGGAAAAGAUACAACAGGAUAAGGCCAUAUGGGAAAGGCUCCAAAAACUCCAUAAUGUGGAUUCCAACACGUUACCAAGUCUACAAGAGAAAACUGCCAGAAUGCGACACACGGCGAGUGAGCCUCAGUUUCAAGUUGAGGACCUGGAGGGGGCAUUUGACGAGUCUGCUGCCAACACCACCAUGUUUCCUCACUCUCAGAGCUUCUCUUUAGGUGAUGACAAUGAUGAAGAUGUAGAAGCAGUGAUGAGUGCACUCAUUAGUGAGUUUAUGGAAGUUACUGGUUCCGAUAACUCAGAAACGGCGAGAUACUACAUCGACAAGUGUCAGAUGAACAUUGAUCAAGCCAUUGUCUGCUAUUAUGAUGACAUGCCUUAGUAGUCUGUUCAGUAGAUAGAGGGAAUUGGACAGGAGUCUAGAUAUACUGAUGGAAAUUGCAUCUGAUUCAAUAUCGAGAUAUUUGGAGUAGUUCCACCAUUUUUCUUGAUAAAAUUAUUUUGAAAAAUUUUCAAUAAAUGUCUGGAUAUUGGGAGGUACUGUGAACCAACUUUUGUUCGGAAUAACUUUAUUUCACGACUAACUUCUGAUAAACUGGCUCACGACGACUUAUGUUCGUGUCCAAGCCUCAUCCAGACCUAUGUUGUUAUAACAAUCAUACAACAAUGAUUUUUCACGGCGUGAAAUAUUUGCUUUGGUGAGUCUCUCACUAAUUUUGCAAAAAUCUAAUCGCCCAUUGCAAAUAAAAGUUGGUUUACAGUAAUUUUACCCGGUAUCUGGAGAAUUGGAAAAAUUCGUCAGUUGAAGAUUUUUAGGGAGGAAUUUUCACCAGCUGUCUAGAUGAUGGAAGAAAAUUCUGUCAGUAUGAAUUGUUCUUUUGCUUUUGUAUAUUUUGAUUUCUUGUUGAUUUUAUUUCACAACAUUUUAAUCCACAAUGCAAGUGAAAUAUUCUAUAUUUUUGUUCAGUUUUAUUUUGAAAUUUUAUUGAAAACACACAGUCUUAUCUGGAAUUUUUAUUUUAAGGUGCUACAUGUAUAACACAUGGUAGUUGUAUAAAACUGGUAAGAGAGAUAACUCAAUCUUUCUAGUAGGUAAUUAAAACUUUCUUACUUGUAAAAAGGGAUUUCUUCUUGUAAGAAAGAUAAGAGGAUCUCUUAAGGUAAAACCUUGGACUUAAAAUGGUGUUUUAGUUAUCAAUGAAACUGUUUGUACCAUACUUGAAUUUUUUUGUGAAGAUUAUUUGGAUACAAUGUACAUGUAAUUAAGUUAAUUAAAAAAAAACAAUUCAAUUUUUUGAGGUUUAAUAGAUAGCGUUAUUAAUAUGUUAUUCUGGAUUAAGUCUAAACAUCUGAAUGAAGAUUUUGCUAGUUGAUUAAACUCCUGAGUUUUUGACUAGUCCACAUUAAAGUUUUUUCUUUACCAUAUGUAUUUUAAAAAUAAUGUUGAUUAUCAUGAAUUUUGUUUCAUUGUGUAUUAUUUUUGUGGAUAUAAUUUUUAUACAGUUACUUUUUUCACAAUUAUGGUGACAUUCCUGCUUUUGAAAGAGCUUCAUAACCAUGACAAUGUCUACAUCAUUCUGUUAAUCUUAUGAUUUAAGUACUUUUAUGAAAAUUUCUAUACAAUUAAAAAAAUCUAGAUGAUCAUGGCCAUGUUUAGACUUUUCUUACCUCUUAGAAAAAGAGAGCUCUGUUUGGAAAAAUUCAAUCUCUACUGACUUGUGAUCAGUUUUCACCGUUUACCAUUUUUCGCCAGUGCAUUGUAAGUUAUGUCAUAUUUCGUAUAUAAUUUUAUGUGUUGAUGAAACGACAUAACAAUGUACUGUUGAGAAAUGAUACUUGGGGAUACGUAGUAGCCUGUCAUGAAGAGCUUAAAUAAUGGAAUUUAGUAAUGAUGGCUUGAUACAUUAUAUUAACAAAGGAUACUUAUCUCUCUUUGAUCUCACAAUUCAUAAUUAGACAAGACAAAGCAUAAUUAUAGCUGUGCAUGUACUCUGGUGUUUGCAAAAUAGCAAAAUAAAAAUUGAAAUUUUCCUAACAAAACUUUCUAUAAAAAUGGAGGCUUGGUGGUUAUUCAUUGUAAGAGCAAAGAGAGAAAUAAUUCAUUUAAUAAUGAAAAGCUUACUGUGAUGUAUACCUGGCCAGUGUGAGCAACUAUUAGUUAUCUCUCAAAAAGCUUAGUGAAACUAAGUUCGUUCUGUACUAUAAGUAUGGUUAAUAAUGUUUCUAAAGUUUGUAUGGGAGUUUUUGUUAGAUGAAUAUGUGUUAAGCAAAUAAUCCAGUAAUUUAUCCCUGAUGUAUUUCAAUGCAUAUGUAUGUCAUCUACUUCUGUUGAGUCAGGAUCAAUCAGUGCCAUAUUACUUUUCUUUCAAUGAAUGGUUACUGUCAACCGACUUUUAUUUGCGACGACUUCGUUUUGCAAUUUACUCCUGAUAAACUGGUUCGCGACGACUAAUGUUUGCUAACCAAUUUGAAACCAUAAUAUGACAACGAUUGGUGUGAGAAAUACUCGCGUCGAUGAGGCCCUAGCGAAUCUCGCAAAAAAUAUCUGGCACGUGAAUAAAAGUUGUUUUACAGUAUCUGAGUUUGUAAACAGUUACUAUUUAGUUAAUCUUUUAUGGAUAUCUUAGACUUGAAACUACAUUAAGUCAUCAGUAUGCACUCUUUUUCCUUCACAUGUAAAACAGAAAAUUUAAUUCAGACUGUGCCAAACCUUUGAUUGGUUUUGAAAAAUGUAAUAGAAAUGCUUUCACGAAUAAAAUUGCAGCCAUUUUA